AUGGGUGCCGAUCGGCGGCCGAAGAAUCCCAUUCAGAUCGCCACGUGGUGGUUAAAAAAGCAGCCGCCUAAGAUCAAGGCGUUUCUCGGCGUAUGCAUCGGGAUUGCGGCGCUGAUAUUUCUGAGAUUCAUGGUGGUGGAUCAUGACAAUCUCUUCGUCGCUGCCGAGGCCAUCCAUGCCAUCGGUAUCGGCGUGCUCGUCUACAAGCUGACGCGAGAAAAGAACUGUGCAGGCCUCUCCCUCAAGUCUCAGGAGCUGACAGCGAUAUUUCUGGCCGUCCGAUUGUACUGUAGCAUGAUGAUGGAGAAGGACAUCCACACGCUGCUGGAUCUCGCGACGCUGGUUACCACGGCGUGGGUCAUCUACACCAUGCGAUUCCAGCUGCGCUCCACCCUUUCGGAAGAUCUCGACAACCUCGCGCACGUCUACAUUCUGGCGCCGUGCGCCGUCCUGGCGCUGCUGGUGCAUCCGCGCACGUCGCACUUCAUCGUCAACCGCGUGCUCUGGGCCUUCUGCGUCUACCUCGAGGCCGUCUCCGUGCUGCCGCAGCUGAGGGUCAUGCAGAACGCCAAGCUAGUGGAGCCCUUCACAGCGCACUACGUCUUUGCUCUCGGUAUCGCCCGCUUCCUCUCCUGCGCACACUGGAUCCUGCAGGUGAUGGACGGGCACAGCUUCAUCAUGACCACCAUAGGCUACGGCAUGUGGCCGGCCAUGGUGCUGCUCUCAGAGAUCGUGCAGACCUUCAUUCUCGCUGACUUCUGCUACUACUACGUCAGGAGUGUGAUGGAAGGACAGCUCAUGGUCUUUGACAUCCCAGCAUCAGCAUCGCCUCUCCAGCGCCGAAUCUUCCUCUUCCUACAAGACAAGUGCAAAAUUCCAGGUUUCCUCCUCGUCCCCUUCUUCUGGCUCUCUCCACACAAGUGGCUGCUGGUCAUCCUCUGGUUCAUCACUGCACCGCUGCUUCAAAUCUAUUUCGAGCUCGGCCCUCUCUUUAUCCUGGGCACCUGCUUUGCCCUCAUCUUCUUCAACCUGGGCACACGCCAGCAAGGGGAAGCAAGUGCCUACUCUAUUUUCAACGAAGGAUUUCAAGAGCUACCAGGCACACUCAAUGCACAGCAUCUGGAUGAGCAUAUUAGAGCUGGGCAGUUUUAG